UCUUAAGUACCGGUUUCUUCACUUUGCCCGUUGGUUCCAGUUCCGUGACUUCCAGUAGGUGGUAAAACAGCCCCCCUGCUGAGUCGUGGUCAAAGUCUGACCAGCAUCCUUCGAUUUAGCCAAUCAUUGACAGGAGCUGGAGUUUGUCCGAGCCUAAAGGCACUGGGGUUGGUGCUUGGAUAAUAACUCUUUGAGGACAUUUGAAUGACUGGAGGAUUGGCUGUGUGGGUGUGUGGUUUGAUUUGAUUACGCAACCACAUCACCAGUCAUGUAAAAAAACACAAGUACUGUGUCUAUGUGUUUCUGAGGAACUGGAAACUGUUCCCAUCUUGCCCCUGGUUGAUGUUUCAUAAACAUAGGAAGAUUUUUUUAAUUUAAUUUUGUCCGAUCUUAAUGGCUCCAAGCAAUGGAUAGCGACAAAAAAAUUAUAGGCCUCUCCUCCAACCGCAUCUCGCAUCGAUUCACUUUAAUAACUGGAAAUGUCACGUCACUCUCGCUUGUCGUAGGGAAACGGGUGAACCGUGGGUAGAUGGUGAAACCAAACGGAUGAUGACGGAAAAGGCUCAAUAAAACUCCCACACCGACACGCUCCAUCCCUGGUUGUAAACGGCCGACACAAGGGUAAUGUUUGUCCUUCCCAGAUGACUGGAGAUAGAAAUGCCAGCCUCAACCUCUGUCCCCUGCCGACAGUGGUUGCACUGUGUUACGAUAACGAUGGCACAACCGUCCCCUGACACUGCCCUCAGUCACAGCCGACUGAUUCUAACGGAACCAGCCCUUUUUGUGGUCCUGGCUUUAAGGGGUCAGGGUCAGAACGAUUUGGUUUGUCUGGAGUCGGCCUCUUGCAGGCACGGCGGGGAGGGACCUAGGUUAGGGUUAGGAGAGGGACGGUUUGCAGGAAGAACGUUGGCAGAGGACAUUCCUGGCGAUGCGAUGAAUGCAGCAGAACAAGUGGUGUGCGUCGGACAGGCCACAAGAAACCAGUAGAAGACUAAAAAAUGUGCUGAUCACCAUUUACUGGCUAGGAAGACAAGCCUUCUAUGAUUCCUUCUAUGAUGGACCUAACUUAAACCUCAAGUCUUUCGAGGGAUUACUGGGAACAGCACUGUCCAAGGCUCUAGAGGAAGGUUCUAGCCCGAGGAGAAGCAGUGUGAGAGACAGCGGUUUUGGCGACAGUUGGUACUCUGACCGAGAGGAGCUGUUCCAGCUGAGAGGAGGAGGAAGAGGAGGCGAAGGAGGAGGAGAAGGAUACAGUAAAGAGGACUCCUCAGACAGCCUAGACUCCCUGGGCUCGCGACCCCACAGCAUCUCGUCUGACGCCACCCUUAAAGGGAGUAGCGAGGGUUGGUGCAGCGACGCUGAGGCCGACCCCGUCUGCGUCACCAUGACGACCAACAAGGACAGCCUCAGCUACCGGCGCUCGCUGACGAUGCAGCCCAAGCCUGUCGCCCAGUUCAACCAGUUCCUGCCCUCUAAGGACAAGCCGUCGGGCUACGUCCCAGCGCCGCUGCGCAAGAAGAGGGCGGAGCGCAACGAGGACAACCGCCGCAGCUGGGCCAGCCCCCUGUACACCGAGGAGGACGGCACCUUCACCAGACUUCCGAGGAGUGACGACGGUAGUGACGGGAGCAAGUCGAUGAGCGACAUUGUGGACCCGGCUGUGGUGAAACAGGUCUACCGGGAAGAGCUUAAGAAGGUCCAGGAGCAGGUGAAGGACAGCGACGACAAAUGGCAGGAUGACCUGAGCAAGUGGAAGUCCCGGCGUAAGAGCGUCAACUCGGACAUCGUGAAGAAGAAGGAGGAGCGGGAGCAGAUCGAGCAGAACUACGGCGGCGACAUCGGCAGCGGGAGAACGCGCAGGUCGCUGAAGGAUAUGCAAGAGGAGAGAGCGUCUAGAGACAGCAGACGUUCCGUUGGCAGCCGCCUGAGCUCCCUCUCCUACCUGGACGAGGACGAGGACGUCUUCGCCGUGCCCAUCCCGGCGCCGCGUUCCCGCUCCCUCUACGGCCGCAGCAACACGGCCGACGACCUCUACUCCCCGCCGGAGCGCUCCCCGGCCCCCUCCCCGGCCCCCUCCCGCCCCUCCAUCCCGUCCACGGAAGACGAGGAGCCCGCCGACCGCCCCGCCUCCCCCCCGCCGCCACAGGAAGCGGCUCCGAGUCGCGCCGUGACCGGCGGUGGUACCCGCGCGUCCUCCACCGUCUCCACGGUGACCAGCAGCAGCGUAAGCAGCAAUAGCAGCAGCGCGUACGCCGUCAGGAGCGCCGACCUCCCGGCCCGGCCGAGGAGCAUCAGCCCGGCCCAAGAGCCCUCGGUCACAGUCAUGGCCGACGCCGGCAAGACCCCCUCCCCCACCCCCAGCCCCGAACCCCGAUCCCUCGUCUCGAAGGCCCCGGAGCCGUGGCGCCCCAAGGCGGGCGUGCGGACCGCGGAGAAGAAGGAGGCCCCUCAGUACAACCCGACCAUGCCCCCGGGGGUGUCCCGGGUGUCCGCCUCCCUUCCCAGGAGCACCCAGAGAGCAGACAGCACCACCAGGCUCAGCUCGGUCAUCAUGCCCAGGCCCUUCGGGACCCAGGCCAACCGCCUCUCCUCCCUCACCAGGGCCCCCGUGACGGUCGACUCCCACCGCCGCGUCAACGGCGACGCAGACGUCUCCACCAAGUCCUCGGUGCCAGGCCGCUACCAGCAGUACAUGACCUUGGAGGACGAGGCCUCGUCUCAGUCCAGCGGCGAGGACGAGGAGGAGGGGGAGGGGUCGGAUGAAGCGAAUGAAGAGGAGGGGGUCGGAAAAGGCCUCAGCUCCAACAGCAAUAGUGUGUCGCAGGAGCCUCCUCGGGUGAAGAGUGAAACCCCAGCUCUGGGCAGCGAUGCCAGCCAGGAGAACUUCUCUGACAUGAGGAUCAGUCUCAACCAGAAGCCCAACAGCAGCCGAGACUUUGGUUUCCAUGCCGACUGGAGCGCCUCAGGGACCCGCGUCAAGUCCAUCCAGCCAGGCAGCCCGGCGGAGAUGCUGCGGGCUGGGGAUGAGAUUCUGAGCGUGAGCGGCCACAGAGUGGCAGACAUGAGCUAUGCAGAGUGGGGGGCCAGCAUGAUGGACGCUCUGCAGCAGGGCAGUCUGACCAUGGAUGUACGCCGCCGGGGCGGCAACAACUGGGACACAGACCGACCGGCAGCACCCUUUCAGAACCAUAAGACCAUCAAUCUCACCAGUGCGGACCAUUCGACGCUUGUAGGUGGGGUCGGCAGCAACACAAGCCCCACCAACACCAGUUUGGAUUUCACCUCACGCAAAUCCCCCGACGGCCUGGGGCUCAACCACUCCGUCAUCAAUGUGGCAACCAACGGACUCAACGGGGGUGUCCAUCAAGAGGCGGUAACCAUGAGAAAUAAAGAGUCAGAACCCAUGUCUUUGAAAAACUUAAAACGGAGGUCAGAGUUUUUUGAACAAGGUAGCUCAGGGUGCAGCAGGGUCAGCCCUCUGGUCUACCUCUGUGGAGGAUCAGAGACGGCGAUAUCGGAUAUCCCCGUGCCCACCCUCACCCCCUCGGCCAGCCGCUGGUCCUGGGACCCCGAGGAGGAGCGCCGCAGGCAGGAGAAGUGGCAGAAGGAGCAGGAUCGCCUCCUACAGGAGAAAUACAAGCGCGACCAGGAGAAAAUGCAAGAGAUAUGGCGCAAGGACCAGGAGGAGGCUUACGACAGCAGGCAGACACAGAAGGCCCAGAGCCUGGAGGUGGACGCCGCUCGCCCCCUCCUCCACCACCCACCCCUCCCCGGCCUGGGAGGCCCAGGAGGAGGAAGAGGAGAUGAGGAGGAGGAAGGAGGCGCAGGAAGAGCAGAGGCAGGCCGAGCAGAGACGCAGGCAGGAGGAGGAGGAGGAGCUGGAGCUCAGGCGCUUCAAGGAGGAGCGGGAGAGGAGAGAGCAGCUGCAGCGGCGCCGGGAGGCCGAGGAGAAGGAGAGGAGGGAGGAGGAGGAGGAGAGGAGGGAGGAGGAGAGGAUGAAGAGGACGGAGGAGUUGAAGAAGAGGGCGGAGGAGGAGAGGAAGGCGGAGGGCCGAGGAGGAGGAGAGGGUGAGGAGGGCGGCGGAGGAGGAGAGGAAGAGGAGGAUGGAGGAGGACCUGAGGUUACAGAGGAGGAGAGACGAGGAGCGGCAAGAGGAGGAGAGGAGGCGCGCCCUCGAUAAGCAGCAGCAAUGGUCAGCAACAAUGCAAACUGUCACGUCCCU